AUGUUGUUUCCCGAGGAUACAAACUUUUCCAACCCACCGAGCGGGAGUGCAUUCGAGCGGUUAACAGUGCCCUACACGUACCGAUCGGAAAGUUUCCAUUUCGUGAAGAAAGAUUUCUCGAAACAGUUCGCUUUCAUUUAUGCGUCCCGUUUGGAGGAAAUGCUAAAGCUGUUGGAAGACAGUGUGCAGAAAAAAUGGGGCGCCGACAUGCCGAUCAGAAGAUUGGCUGAUCUGCGUGAAGAUUGUCCUGAGAAAUGUGUCAUCAUCGGUACGCUGUUUAAGCAUCAGGAACUGAAGCCGAGCAUUUUGCGCGAAAUAUCGGAGGAAAAUCAGCUGGCUCCACAGCCGCCACGCUCACACUACACGAACGAUAAUGAUAUACUGAUUUUGGAAGACGCUCUGCAGCGCAUCAAGCUUGUGGGCAAAAUAGACGUACACACGAUCGUAACGGGAGUGGUGUGUGCUGUCAUGGGCCAAGACAGAUAUGAGGAAAGCGAUGGUCGAUUUUUCGUAGAGGAUCACAUUUUCUAUCAAGGAGGCCCUCAGAAAGAACUGAAACCUUUGGCAAGCUCCCCGUUGCUUGUUCUGGUUUCCGGAUUAAAUCAGACGGCCGCAAACGAUUUUUCACCUUCGUUGGAAUUGCUGCAGCAGUGGGUGUUUGGCAAUCUGGAACAGCUCGUCGAGGGACAAGAUUGGGAAGCGGCCAGCAUUGUUCGUAUUAUUAUAGCUGGCAAUUCGGUUAAAGCAAGCGCCAAACCUAAAAAUCAUCUUCACUCGAAAGUAACGACCGAAACGGAUGCACUCCUUGGAGCGGUCAAGUCCGUCGAUUCACUAAUACACAAUCUCGCCCAAUCGGUCCCGGUCGAUCUGAUGCCAGGUGAGUUCGAUCCGGCCAAUCAUAUGCUACCGCAGCAAGCGAUGCAUCACUGUUUGUUCCCGCGUUCGGUUCAGUUCAGCUCGUUCAAGGGUGUGACGAAUCCGUACGCCUUUGAGCUAGCCGAUCGGUAUGUUAUCGGAACGUCCGGACAGAAUGUGCUCGAUGUGAUGCGUUACUCCAAGAUAGACUGUCCGCUGGAAGCGUUAAAGGCAACGCUGCGCUGGAGUCACCUAGUUCCGACCGCGCCAGAUACGCUGCCGUGCUAUCCGUAUUAUCAGAAGGAUCCCUUCAUCAUCGGUGAAUGUCCGCAUGUGUACUUUGCAGGAAAUGUGGGUAAAUUUAUGACGGAAAUGUGGACGGGUGCAAACGGUCAGAAGACGCGGCUCGUUUGUGUGCCAUCGUUCUCGGAAAGUCAAAGUAUUGCCGUCGUAAAUCUGCGUACAAUGGAUUGCCGCAAAAUCAGCUUUAAAAUGGUUGGAUUUGAAGGAGGAGAAGAGUGA